CAUAACACAAUGCGCCUACCGACACCUUCUGCUACGGUGCUGGCCACCAUCACUGCCCUCUUCACGCUAAGCAGCGCCCACAGCGACACCCAGCACGGUCAAUAUGUACUGACGGACGACCUCUCGUAUAAAAACUUUUUCGGCAGCUUUGACUUUUUCUCUGGCCCGGAUCCUACAAAGGGUUUUGUGCUAUACCAGAACCUGACAUCUGCUAUCUCGCAAAAGCUUAUCGGCUACCUCCAGGACACACAGUCCGUUUUCCUUGGUGUCGACUCCACCAACAAAGACCCCAAUGGCCGCGCGAGUGUGCGCCUAGAGAGCAAGCAGGCUUGGAAUCAGGGGUUGUUAGUCGCGGACAUCCGACACAUGCCUUCGCCAGUGUGUGGGUCGUGGCCAGCAUUUUGGCUUCUCGGUUUUGACAAAGACACCGGAAAGUCGGCCUGGCCGUUGGCUGGCGAAGUCGAUAUUAUGGAAGGGGUUAACGACUAUGAGCAUAAUGCGGUUACACUACAUACCUCAAAAGGCUGUAUCGUUGACAAUAGCACACUCCAUGCCGCCGGUCACGGUGAGACGCCGUUUACUGGCCUUCUAGCUACGGAUGACUGCGACGUUGCCGCACCAGGCCAAGGAAAGAAUGUUGGAUGUUCAAUAAAAGCGCCAAAAACCAUAACCGGCAUCCAGACCGGCUCAGGCGCGGGUAGUAAGGAGACCAUCCUUCCAUCCUAUGGCACCGAGUUCAACAAAGUGGGCGGUGGAAUCUACGCCAUGGAGUGGACCUCUUCAGCUAUCAGUGUAUGGUUCUUUCCUCGCAACUCCUCUGCUUACACUACGCACUUUGGCAAUACUACAACCGCCUCAACUCUUGAUCCCUCUACUUGGGGUGUUCCAGUUGCACGAUUCUCCGGCAGCGGUUGCAACAUCACUGAACGCUUCCAGAACCUCAAAAUCAUCUUCAACACUAGCUACUGCGGCGAGUGGGCCGGCAAGGAGUGGGAUAAGUCCUGCGCAGCGAAGACUGGCGUCGACACAUGCGAAGCUUACGUCCGGGAUAACCCAGAGGCUUUUAAGGAGGUAUAUUGGGAAAUUGCUGGAUUGAAGUGGUUCCAGCGAACUACUGAGCCAGAGCAAGAACCAUCAUCUAUCAAGGCUAAGGGUCGCCAGUACCGCUGGUAAAGUAACGUUAUUAGGUUAGGGCUUGGGCUGGACCCGAGAAACUGUAGGU